AUGUCGUUUCCUCCACAAAAUCUUCAAAAUUUCCAAGGUUUUGGAAAUUCUAUGAAUCAUCUGAAUUAUGCCCCUCGAGGUCCAUAUCAACCGCUUCCAGCUGAAUAUUGGCAAAACAUGAGCCAUCCGUAUUUCACGCCGCCGGUUGUUCAUGGAUAUGAUACCCCGCACACAACUGGUAUGUCUUUCACUCCUUCGAUGUCGAAUGAACCUGCAACUCCGACUUUUGUUCCGGAGACUCAACUUUCCCACCAUGAAUCCCCAAUUGAGGUGGUUAAUUUAGAAAAGACGGUUUCAAAUGCAGAGAGUACAAGAAAGUGUUCAAGUUGGACAAAGUUGAAGACGAGACCGCCCAAUUGUCACCCUCGCAUAGUGAAUGCAUUAGAGAACCAUUCAGCAUUUUUUCAACAAAGGGACGAUGCUGUACGAAGAAAUGAGUUGUCACCACUACAAAAAUGCACCGCUGCGAUUCGUCAACUGGCUUACGGAGUCCCCGUCGAUCAUCUUGACGAGUACCUACGUAUGGGUGAAUCAACUGUCAUCAGGUACUUGAGAAGGCCAAAUGCUGAUGAUGUUCAACGUCAUCUUCAAAUGCAUGAUGAGAGACAUGACUUUCUUGGCAUGUUAGGAAAUAUGUCGGAGAUUAAUUUCACGGUGAACGACACUGCAUAUACGAAGGGCUAUUAUCUAACAGAUGGAAUAUAUCCCAAGUGGGUUACUUUUGUUAAGGCUUUUCCUUGCCCGGAGGAUCCCAAGAGGAAGUUGUUUAAAGAAAGACAGGAGUCUGCAAGAAAAGACGUUGAACCGGCAUUUAGGGGUGCGCCAAUCUCGAUGGGCAAUUGUCAGAGGUCUAGCUCGGUGGAAUGCUCUCAAAUGGCUGGCAUGACAAAGAAAUAG